AUGGGACACAACUUUGGCCUAACGCAUGACGAUUCAUGUGUCUGUAGUGACGCUGCCUGCAUAAUGAAAACUUCGUUAACUCCCAGCAGUCCUCCGACAAAAUUUUCGUCGUGUUCGUUGACUGAAUUUGCAAACAAUUGGAUUAAAGGUUAUGACCUUUGUUUGUGGAACAUUCCAGACAUCGUCGCAUCUUCAACCUGCGGAAAUGGAGUGGUGGAAGAUGGAGAGACGUGUGACUGUGGAGGGCUACCUUCCGACGUUUGCAAUCCGUCCUGUUGUAAUAAGGUUACUUGCCAGCUCGUUUCAACGUACCAAUGUGCUUCUGGUCUCUGUUGUGACCUGCCCACGUGCAAAUUUUACCAAGCCAACACAGUUUGCAGAGGAGCCAGUGGCACGUGCGACAUUCAGGAAUUAUGUGGUGGCACGUCAGCUUACUGUCCCGAGGACACGUACAAACACGAUGGCACCCAGUGCGCUGUUGAUGGCGUAACAGCUUAUUGCUCGGAAGGCAAAUGCCGAACUCGUGACACUCAGUGUGCUUUGGUGUGGGGGAGUGGAGUCAAAAGUUCUCCGGAGUUUUGUUACACUACUAAUAAUGUACAGGGAGACAGUUCAGGAAAUUGUCGGCAAACUUUAACUUCGAUUCCAACUUACUAUCCAUGUGUUACCAGUGAUGUUUUAUGCGGUCAGCUGUUUUGCGAUUCUUCUUCGAAAAAUGGAAACACUCAGUUAAGGAGUAAACUCACUGGAUACAUCACCUAUAAUGGAAUAACUUGCAAUUACGCUUCUUUGAACUUUGGAACCCAAAUUCCAAAUCCAGGUUACGUUCCAAACGGAGCAUCCUGUGGAAACAACAUGGUGAAAUUUAAUGUUAUGUGCUAUAACAAUUCUUGCAAGUCAGUUUCGGAUUUUCUGACUAUCACGCCCUGUUCAGCCACUUGCUCAGAUAACGGGAUUUGCAACAACAAGGGAAAUUGUCAAUGUCUAAAUGGCCUAGCGUACCCACAAUGUUCAGGAAAUAUCGUGACUCUACAAACUCUACAGACUACUACUACUACAGUAAUUACAACCACCAAAACUACAACUACUACAACUACAACUUCAAUCCCAAAUAACGGACAUUGUCUACGUUCAUUAACCUUCUUGAUAUAUUUAUCGUCGUUCCUGUGCCUACAGCUAAUGUAAAGACUAAAAAUGAUUUGUUUUUUAAUAAGGCUGUUUGAAACUUCUUUAGAACUUUUAGCUACGUCACUAAUAAUUUUCUGAACAUAAAAAGUUCACUGUGAUGACGAUUUAUGCACUUGUUAAGUCAUAGUAAAUAAUUUUUAAUGGGUUGUUAAAUUAGUUAUUAAAGUAUAAUUUUAAUUAUGGCAAGCGUAUUAUAAUAUAUUUGGUUGAAAUAAUUCAUUAUUUUGAACUACUUUUCAAAGUUGUCCCCAGAAUAUAAUCUAUUUUUCUCAAUUUUUAGCUUUUACACUUGGUUUGGCCUUGAUGAGUUUAAUUUUGUCUUGUUUUUUUUAAUGAUACGUUUUUUACUUAGAUGGCACUUUUAGGAACAAUAAAGACAGUCUCUCAAAA